CAGUAUACAAGCUGCUCUGGGAGAUUAAACACGUAUUUCACGUUUAACAUUUCCAGUUUCAGAGAAAAAUGGGGUUUCUUGUAAAAAUGUGCCCAUUUGUUGGGAUACUUACCCUAUUGGCCCUCACCAUAUCUGCCAGUGAUGUCGAAUUUCACUCCAGCCUUGCCAGUUUCAGUCAAAAUCUCUUCAGUGAACUGUACAAAGAGCAUGGCCAUGAAAACAUCAUUUAUUCCCCCUUCUCCAUACAAAGUUGUUUGGCUAUGACUCGCAUGGGAGCCGCUGGUGAGACAGCUGCCGAAAUGGAUCGCGGCUUGGCCUUCACCGGCCAAACUGCCGAAAGUGUGGCCAAUAGUUAUCACACAUUGCUGGCAAAAUAUGAGGAUGGCAAAACUUUGAAGGUCGCCAAUAAGGUUUAUGUCAUGGAACACAAUCAAUUGCAAGAUGAUUUUCGUGAGACUUUGGCUCAAAAUUUCUUCUCCUCCCCUGAGAAAGUCGAUUUCGAGCAUGCCCAGGAUGCUGCCAAGACCAUCAACACUUGGGUGGAAUCCAAAACCGAUAACAAAAUCAAAAAUCUCAUUAGCCCUUCUCUUUUGGGAGCCGAUACUCGCUUGGUUUUGGUUAGUGCCAUUCACUUUAAGGGUAUGUGGCAAAUUCCCUUCCCCAUGGAAUACACCGAGGACCUCGCGUUCUACCUUAACGAAACCAACUGCGUUAAGGUGCCCACCAUGACCACUGAAGGUCUCUUUGAGCAAGUAGUUCUUAAGGAUUUGCAAAGUCAUUUAGUGCGCAUGCGUUACAAAAAUUCCGAUCUUUCUAUGGUCAUAAUUUUACCCGAUUCCCGUACUGGCCUCAAGGAUUUGGAAGUUAAACUUAGAAAUGUUUCCCUGCCCUCGUUCAAAACUCAGCUAACUCUAUCCAAGUUGGAGAUAACUAUGCCCAAAUUUCAGGCAGAAUUUCAAAUGGAACUGAAGGAAACACUAAUGAAGAUGGGCAUGAAGGAAAUGUUCGGCCGUGCUGAUUUCAGUAAAAUGAUUAAAGAGUCGGAGCCUCUCUAUAUCUCAAGUGUGGUCCACAAGACCUUCAUUUCGGUGAAUGAAGUUGGCACUGAAGCAGCAGGAGCAACUGGAUUGGUUGCCACUUCCCGUUCUCUACCACGCUAUUACACAGUAGACCAUCCAUUCUAUUAUGCCGUUGUUAAUGAGGACUUUGUGCCAUUGUUCCAAGGAACCAUUGUUCAUUUCUAAGAUGAAAAACAAACGAUAUGGCUAACUAAUUCCGAAAUUAAUAAAAACUAAUCAUAAAGAAGUAAAA